AUGGCUUCACAAGUCCUUCCUUUGGAGCUGAUUGACCGGUGUAUCGGGUCACGGAUAUGGGUGAUCAUGAAGAGCGAGCGCGAAUUUACCGGUACGCUCCUCGGUUUCGACGACUUCGUCAAUAUGGUCCUCGAAGAUGUGACAGAAUAUGAGGCAACGCCCCAGGGCAAAAAGAAGACAAAGCUAGCCCAGACAUUGCUGAACGGGAACAAUAUAUGCAUGUUGAUUCCUGGCAGUUCCGGUCCUGAGGAUGUUUAG